CUUAACUGGGGGAGUCUCAGCUUUGUUUCUGAAUGGAAGGAUGGCAUUCUUUGUGGUCCUAAUCUACCCUCCACUCCUUCUGUUGCUUAUCUAUCAGGCAGAUGCAAUGGAUGUGUUCAAGGUACGUCCAUUCGACAAUAUUUCUCUGCCCUGCCAUUUCUCCUUUGUGGAUAGUACAGAUGGCUUAUCCUUCACCUGGGAGAGGGAAGAUAUCAAGGAGGAGCAUGAAGUAGAAGAUAAAGAAUUUUACAAAUUUUUUGUUGGACUUCAUGAUUUUUAUCAGUUUUAUCCCAAGCUGAUAUAUAGCUUUAGCAACAACAUGGAACAAGUGGAAGAGCGGAAUUCUCUCUAUGAAGGCAGGGUCUGGGUAGAUGAAGAGGAGAUACCUGAGGGCAGCCUGACACUCAUCCUGGAGGAAGUUCAGUUUUCUGAUGAGGCUCUGUAUAUAUGCAAGGCCACUAAUUCACGAGGCAGAGGGUUAAGAAAAAUGAAGCUCAUUGUGGAAGAUGCUGAAGAGCCACAGGUGCAGUUCAGCACAGUCGAUGAUACACUUGUGGCCAAGUGCAUCUCAGCUGGCUGGUACCAUAUGCCAAAGGUAACCUGGCGUAACCGCAAGGAAGAGGAUCUGUCCAGCUACUCCAAAACAGAGAUUUUGGAAGAGAAGCAGGAUGGGUCGUACAGGGUGGUGUCUACUUUACAUUACCCUGUAUUGCUCCAUGAAAUCUACACAUGUCACAUUGAAGAGGACGACGUGCUCAACAGACCUGUUAGAUCCAUCCACAGAGUCCCAAAGAGGAAAUAUCAUAAUAUGUACAAUCACUACUAGAAAAUCAACACCUAGUUGAUGCAGCUUGUGAAGAGAAGCACUCAUUCUUUCAUCGCAUCAGCUCUGUACAGUGCUGCAACAGCAGAAGGAAGAGGGGGGAUAGAUAACAGGGCAGUAAAAUUCUGCAUGUUGAGAGAAUAUUGCUCUGUUAGAUGUUUGAAUUAAAAACUGCCAAAAUAAGCCACAUAAAGGGACAGCCAAGACUGUCUAGAUUGUGCUUUCUCAUACUUACACUUGGGAAGGGGUGAUUAGUUCAUCAGUCCCCAACAGAUGGUUGCCCAGUCAUUCUCAGACAUCCAGUGGAGGGGAGCCCACCUACCCUCUAGAGAAAUUACUGCAUUGUCAAACUGCUCUUGCCCUUAUGAAGCUUAAAAAGUAAU